UGUCAUUAACUUAUUAUCAUAUAGGGUCUUAAGCUAUAUAAAGGAUUGUUAUUACAUAAAUUGUGAUAUACUAUCAAUGGCUAAUUCUAAGGACUAUAUUUCGUUUGUUCUUCUUUGUGUUUUCCUCUUAUCUUCACAUGCCUUGGCACAUGAAUUAUCCAAGGAGGAAAGAAUUUCAACACUACGUGCUAUGAAGGUUCAUGGGUUAGAAGGUUCAACAAGUGACUCAAUUCACAAUGGUUUUGGUUAUUACUAUUAUCCAAAUCAAUGGGGUAGUAUUCCUCAUCCCCCUCCUGGUUCGAGGUAUAGUCCGAAAAAGCCACCACCUCGUCGCGGUGGCCCUCCUCCUCUUCCUCCUCCUUCAAAUUACUAUCCUCGCAUGAUGGGCUUCCUCCUUCCUUUUCACACUCCAUUGCUUCCUAUGCACACUCCAUUGAUGUCUUUCUCUGGUGAUUCAUUUGGUUACCAACCCUUAAACAUAAAAGAUAUAGAGCCAGAAGAAAGCUAUAAGGGUAGAAGUGUUAUGAGGCAUCGGAAACUGACGAGGCCUUCAGAAAUUAAGUGGAGAUAUUUUCAUGCUUUUCCACUCAAAACUUCAAGCACCAUGCAUGCAUAUAUAGAUGAUGGUAAAAUGGGUCAUGGAGACACUGCUAAAGGAGACAAUGAACUAAUUAAUUAAUGCUAUCAAUAAAUUAAACAUUUACAUGCUAUGUUGUCUAUGGCAAAUGCAUAAUAAUAUAAUAUGAUAUGAUUAUGUAUGCAUGCCCUAUUUAAAUAAUAUUAUUGAUCUUUUGUGGCCAUAUAAUUGUCCAGCAGUGUUGAAA